CCCCUACCCGCGUUCCUCUCGUUUUUUCGUCGACGCUGCCACUCUUUGCCCUAGGCUCUGACAUUCUUUUUCCACUCCAUUCCUUCCCCCCUCGAUUUUGUUGGCACCCUAUUAGCGUCCCGCUCCUUACCAACCCUCCUGAUACGCGAUAAUGGCACUCGCCAAAUUACUCAAUCUUUUUGCCGUGUCCACGCUUGCAGUGCUCGUCUGCAACCUCGGCGUGUCCCCUGUCAAUGCACUUUCUGCCGAUGGUCAUCGCAUGCAUAAGGUCAGGCAUGCGCACGGACACGACGUCGCAAUGAAGCGUAAGCGCGGCGAUGGCCAACGUUGCAAGCAGAGGUCCGCGGCCCCAGCACCAACUUCCAGCUCGUCAAGCAACAGUGGCAACUCCGGUUCCAAUAACAAUAGCAAUGGCAAUGGUUCCUCUUCGUCCUCAUCGAACCCACCGAAGCAAACGUCCAGCCCGCCUGCCCAAGGCGGAAAUGGCAAGAUUGGUCUCGCUUGGCCACCUGGGAACCCCAACACCCUCAAGAGCUUCGUGACGGAGAAUGUCAAAUACAUUUACACGUGGACUGAGCAAUGCCCUGAUGGUGCCUCGGAACUUGGCCUUCAGUGCUUGCCGAUGCUUUGGGGUAACAAAGAUACCGAUGCCUUCCAGAAGACGGUAGUACAAGGCUACGCGAACAUUGCGUUGGGCUUCAACGAAGUCAACGAACCUCAGCAAGCUAACCUGGACCCGGACACCGCAGUCGGACUUUGGUGGAAGUACCUCGAGCCGCUCAAGGACAAGGGUUACCAGUUGCUCGCUCCUGUGACGUCUUCCAACCCGAACGGCUACACUUGGAUGCAGGAAUUCCUGCAGAAGUGCAAUGGCUGCCACAUUGAUGGUUUCCCUGUGCACUAUUACGGCACUUCUGCGGAUGACAUGCAGAGCUAUAUUGAGAAGUGGUCUGGGUUCGGCAAGCCGAUCUGGGUCACCGAGUUUGCUUGCCAGAACUACAACACUGCGUACGAGAACAACGGACAGCAAUGCAGCAACGACCAAGUCUGGGCGUUCUACUCGCAAAUCGUUAAAUACAUGGAGGGCAAUGACAAUGUCGUUGCCUAUUUCCCCUUCGGAUCCAUGUUGGACCUGCAGGGCGUCAACACGCUUGAUUCGCUCAUGCAGCAGGACGGCCAGCCAACUGCCCUUGGUUCCACCAUCAUUAACGUUUCCUUCCAGUAGAUGAUCAUCAUCAGGCGAUUUUUCUCCCUGCAACGCCUUUGGAUUGGUUGCUUAUGGAAGAUGUAUUGAUCCCUCGUUUUACUUCUUAACCAACGUAUCAUAUACCCCCAAUCACCCACGUUUAGUUCUAUUUCUUGUCUGCUGCCUGUUGUUCAUGAUGGAACCGGCUCUCAGACCGGCUUAUGCCGUCCGACCUGUGGAAGGACGGACUUCAUGAUCAAACUACAUACCAUUGGUACUUCUCGCCGCGCGUAGUUGUAUAUCUUGGAGUUACAUUCAUCCGUCUUACUUGCUUUGACCUUUAACUAAUUCGUGCCGCUGCGCGCUUUGAGUCUGCUUUACUUAAGUUACAUUGAGGUUUGAAAUAAAUAGCAAAUUGAAUUUGUUGAGAAUCUGUACAUGUGCUCUUCCGG